AUGAGGGGCGCGGGGCCGCGCUCCCCGGGGCCGCAGAGUGCUGGCCGGGCCGGCGGGGUCCGGGCGCGACCCUCGGGUGCCGCCUUCGACAGCGCCGCGAGGGGCCCGGGGCCUCUCAAGGGUGCCGAGGCUUUUCCCAAGAGCUCAGACAGAAUCCGUGCUGCGAAACUCAUCAUUGAUGAGAAGAAAUACUAUCUCUUUGGGAGAAAUCCUGAUCUGUGUGAUUUUACCAUUGACCACCAGUCUUGCUCUCGGGUCCAUGCUGCCUUGGUCUAUCACAAACAUCUCAAGAGGGUUUUCCUCAUAGAUCUGAACAGCACACAUGGCACGUUUUUGGGCCACAUCCGUUUGGAAGCUCACAAACCCCAGCAGAUCCCCAUUGACUCCACGGUUUCCUUCGGCGCCUCCACGCGCGCGUACACGCUGCGAGAGAAGCCGCAGACGCUGCCCUCAGCAGUGAAGGGGGAUGAGAAGAUGGGUGGUGAGGAUGAGGAGCUGAAGGGUUUGCUGGGGCUGCCAGAGGAGGAGACAGAACUGGACAAUCUGACAGAGUUUAAUACAGCCCACAACAAAAGGAUCUCCACACUGACCAUUGAGGAAGGGAACUUGGACAUCCAGAGGCCAAAGCGAAAACGGAAGAACUCCAGAGUGACGUUCAGUGACGAUGAUGAGAUCAUCAAUCCGGAGGACGUGGACCCGUCUGUGGGGCGGUUCAGGAACAUGGUACAGACAGCAGUGGUGCCUGUUAAGGAUGAGCUCAAGACUGGCAGGAGUGUAAAGGAGGUGAAGAGGUGCUCAGACUUCAUCUAA